AAUUAUUAUCUACUCCAUAUGUUCUUCCCGAACAAGAACUUUGCUGCUGCACCCUAUCCAAGUUUCAGGGUUGUGCUUUUCUGGUUCCUGCUCAAUCUUUCUUGCCCCAAGAUCAAGCUGAAUCAAGAUAAGGUAUUAUCAUACGGAUCAUCUAAUACGUAGUAGUGUAGUACUAUGAGUAAGUUUCUCGGACUUUCUACACCUUCCAGUACUGCUCCUUGAUAUAAACCGUAGUCUGGUGUUCAUGUGUUUUCUAGAAUUUAUGGAAAAGCACUUCUGUAUCGUAUAGAAAAAACAUGGCAACUAUUCCGAUUAUCUUGAGUGAUUGGCCUUCGCAUUUCCAAGAAAAAUGGAACCUUCAUAUUGGGAAGUCAAAAUGUUUGACGAGACAUAGCAUUUUAUCUUACUCGGGACCAAAUUUUAGUACUUCAGAUUCUGCCCCUUUGAUAUGGUUGAGUAACAGAUCAUGUAAAUCUAGGCAAAGAUUAUUACUUCCUAGCACAGAGGUUAGGUCAAUGAUAAAUGGGAAGAGAAAUUUAGGGACGCACUUUAGGGAAAGGGAUAGUAAUGGAAUGAGGAAAAGACAUUCAUUGAGGCUACGCCCACGAUUACGAUUAUUAGCCUGGAGAUUGAAAAGGUUCUCAGUCAGAUUAGCCCUAAACAAUGGCGGGACAUUCCUGCGCAAAAAUAUGAGAAUGGUGCUAUCUAUAUCUGUCUCCUUCAUCCUUGGCUUGUGUUAUUUCUUUCUGAAGUUGACUGCUAUGCCUUCUCCAAAAGUCGUUCCGUAUUCAGACUUGGUAAUGAGCCUUCAGAGAGGUUCUGUGACUAAAGUUCAAUUUGAGGAAGGCUCUCGUCGUAUUUUCUACAAUAUCAAAACAACUGAAGAUAAUAUACCUCAUGAGGAAGCAAGCAGUGGAAUAAUGAGCAGUGAUCAAGUUGGGAAGAAUAUGUUUUAUGAAAUGUCAAGAGCCAGUAGGUCUGCACCUGUUUGGCAGUUUUCUACUAGAAAAGUUGAUCGCGAUGAAGGUUACCUUCUCAGUUUAAUGAGAGAACAGGGAACAGCAUCAUAUGGUUCUGCCCCUCAAUCAGCACUUACAUCAAUGAGGAGUUUGUUGCUUACUGUUUUGACUUUAUGGAUUCCUUUGACCCCUCUAAUGUGGCUUCUUUACCGUCAAGUAUCUGCUGCUAGUACUACAACAGCUAGAAAAAGGAGGUCAGCUAACCUUUUAGUGGAUUUCAGUGAUGUUGAGGGCGUGGAUACCGCAAAGAUGGAACUUAUGGAACACACAGAUAAGCAUAUGAACGACAAGUUAAAUGUGGGAUGUUGGUAGAGAUGACUUUUGGAGCAUGGCAGAUAUAGGAGUAGAACUUUUAUGAUGUUCAAUCUGGUGGUCACACGAGGCCUUCAAGGGGAGAAAGAAUGCAAGGGAAGGAAAACGAAGGUUGUUGAUGAUGCAAAGAAGGGGAAAUGGAGAAACAAUGACCCCCAUAAUCCAAACAAGUGGGGGGAAACAAAGCAGAAUAUGAUGAGCAGAUUGCUCUGUUUUUUUUUUGCAGAUUGCUGUGUUUGUUUUUACUUAUUCUUUGAAGUUGCUAAUCAUGCAUUUUAUUGUUUGUAGAUAGUUAUGUGUUUGCAAGGAUCUAUAAACUACGGUAAACUGGGGGCAAAGUUGCCUAAGGGUGUGCUACUUGUUGGUCCACCGGGUACAGGAAAAACACUACUAGCACGGGCAGUGGCUGGAGAAGCAGGAGUACCCUUUUUUUCUGUUUCUGCAAGUGAAUUUGUAGAACUAUAUGUAGGAAAGGGAGCAUCUCGCGUCAGGGAGCUCUUUAAAGUUGCAAGAAAGAACUCACCUUCUAUCAUAUUCAUUGAUGAACUUGAUGCUGUUGGAGGAAAGCGUGGACGGAGUUUUAAUGAUGAACGAGACCAAACUCUCAACCAGCUACUGACAGAGAUGGAUGGAUUCGAAUCUGAUACGAAUGUCAUUGUUAUCGCUGCAACAAAUAGACCAGAAGCUUUAGAUGCAGCUCUAUGUCGACCUGGACGGUUCUCCAGGAAAGUACUUGUUGGAGAGCCAGAUGAAAAUGGAAGGAGAAAGAUCUUAGCCGUACAUUUGAGAGAAGUACCCCUUGAGGAAGAUAUGGAACUUAUCUGUAGCUUAGUUGCAUCUCUUACCCAAGGCUUUGUGGGUGCUGACCUUGCUAAUAUUGUCAAUGAAGCUGCCUUACUUGCUGCUCGAAGAG